GCGGUCUGGCGAAGCCCGUGCGCCGGGUGGCGGCCGCGUUCCAGCGGGUCCUCUUGGCGGCACCGCGGGUUAAGGCUGGGGGCUCGGGCAGCCUCUGUGUCACCUCGGUCGGAGCGUUCCCAUCACUGCUGCCUUCGGCCCGCAGUCGAGCCCUACCCUGCUCCACACCCUCGGCGGUGCGGAAGUGAGCCCAGUUCGAGUCCUUCGCCGCCGCCCUGUGGCGGCCUCAGCCCCCAGGCCAGCCCAAGGGACGCGAUCCAGAGCAGAAGGCGCUAGGCCCCACCAAGAAGGGGGGGCCCGCGCGCCCCGCCGCUCGCCCUGCCCGAGAGCCAGGGCGGCGCCGGACUUCGUGCAGCCCAGAGGUCCAGCCUUGCGAGGUCCCGCUCGGAGGGUCGCCGGUUCACUGAUCAAGCGCCGGCUAGGGCACUGUCAAGCCUGUAUGUACGCUCCACAUCAGCGCCACCAGGCCAGCGUUUCGUCCUGUAGCAAAAGAGGGGGUAAGGCCAACCGAGAGAGCGUCAGCGAUACGCGGGGUUGCUGCUGCAAGACAGUGCACGGGGCCUAGCUCUGCACCUGCUGAUGCCCCUGCCUCUGUGUGACCCAGCAGUAGGACUUAGGAGCAGUGCCUCUGAGUUGAACCUUGCGCCCUCUCUGUGUUUGGCUCUGCACACUGAGCUUCGUGGCUGUAGCCAAGCCUGGUCCUCUCCCCCCUUCAGUGUGAAGAGGAUGCCCAAACUGCAGGGCUUCGAAUUCUGGAGCCACACCCUAGGGGCAGCCCGACACGUGGUGGCACCCAUGGUGGACCAGAGUGAGCUGGCCUGGAGGCUUCUGAGCCGACGCCAUGGAGCACAGCUCUGCUACACUCCCAUGCUGCAUGCCCAGGUCUUCGUCAGAGAUGCCAACUACCGGAAGGAGAAUCUAUACUGUGAAGUGUGUCCUGAGGACCGGCCUCUCAUCGUGCAGUUUUGUGCCAAUGACCCGGAAGUGUUUGUCCAGGCAGCUCUCCUGGCUCAGGAUUACUGUGAUGCCAUUGACCUGAAUUUGGGCUGUCCACAGAUGAUAGCUAAGCGGGGUCACUAUGGAGCCUUCCUGCAGGAGGAGUGGGACCUGCUCCAGAGAAUGAUCCUUUUGGCCCAUGAAAGACUCUCCGUUCCUGUCACAUGCAAAAUCCGGGUCUUCCCAGAGAUUGACAAGACGGUGAGGUAUGCUCAGAUGCUGGAGAAGGCUGGCUGCCAGCUGCUGACGGUACAUGGGCGCACCAAGGAGCAAAAGGGGCCCCUAGCAGGAGCAGCGUCCUGGGAACACAUCAAGGCUGUGCGGAAGGCUGUGGCCAUCCCUGUGUUUGCCAAUGGUAACAUCCAGUGCCUGCAAGAUGUGGAGCGGUGCAUCCAGGACACGGGCGUGCAGGGGGUCAUGAGUGCGGAGGGCAACCUGCACAACCCUGCCCUGUUCGAGGGCCGAAGCCCUGCCGUGUGGGAGCUGGCGGAGGAGUAUCUGGACAUUGUGCGGCAGCACCCCUGCCCACUGUCCUAUGUCCGGGCCCACCUCUUCAAGCUGUGGCACCACACGCUGCAGGUGCACCAGCAUCUUCGAGAGGAGCUUGCCAAAGUGAAGACCCUGGAUGGUAUUGCUGCUGUGAGUCAGGCACUAAAGCUGCAAUGUCAGGAAGACAUGUCCAGACAGGAGGAGGGAGUGAGGCCAUCCGGUGACUUGCCUUUCUUCCAUUGGAUCUGCCAGCCCUACAUCCGGCCAGGGCCUAAGGAGGAGAGUAGAGAGAACAGUGGUGGCCGCAGCAAGCGGGCUCUGGAGGAGGAGGCAGGCAGUGUGGAUGGCCUGUCCAAGAACAAGCAAAAGAAGCAGCUGCGGAACCCCCAUAAAACCUUUGACCCUUCUCUGAAACCAAAAUAUGCAAAGUGUGACCAGUGUGGAAAUCCAAAGGGUAACAGGUGUGUGUUCAACCUGUGCCGUGGCUGCUGCAAGAAGCGGGCCUUCAGAGAGACAGCAGAUUGCCCAGGUCACGGGUUGCUUUUUAAAACCAAAUUGGAGAAGUCUCUGGCUUGGAAAGGGACCCAGCCUGGACUCCAGGAGCCUCAACAGGUGGGGCCUGGAGCACCAGGUAGCUUCUCUGAAGUCAUGGGCAGUGCCCUGGCCUGAGGGGCCGGCAGGAACGACCCCCACCCCAGGACUGCUGCUUUAGCCUGGACACUUCUCAUUUAGGGAAAUGCCUUUACUCAGGGAAUCUGCUGCUGUCUGACAUAGAAGGACAUGCUGACGUCCUCUGGCUCACACAGGCCUAGCAAUGCUGCACCAGGGGCAGGCCCAGGCUGGACCUGCCCUGUCCUCAUAUCUUGUGUUUUCAAAAGUGAACAAUAAAUCAUUUCAAAGGUAUGCACACAGAGCC